AUGAAGGCUUGUCUUGCCAUCCUUCUGCCUUUGGUUUCGGCCGUGGCCGUGACUGUUAUUGCGCAGAUCAAGGAAGCAAACCCAGACUUUGAGCUAGACGAUGUUGAAAACGUAGAGCCCGAAGAGACCAAGCGGGACCUAGUUCUCGAGUCUCGUGCUCAGGCGACUCACCACUUCUGCCGCGCCGGCAAGAUCGGCUACUGGGGUGGAGGCGAAGCGAAUCGUGACCAGAUUGCCCGUGAAAUCGGUUACCUUCGCUCCAUCGGCAGCCGAACCUGCGGUGUCAACGCUCGAUCUUGCGUGCGCAUCUCAUGCUCUAACAAUGCGGGCAUCUGGUGGUGCAACGACAACAACUACCACGUUGGCGAGAAGUGCAAUGACCUUGCUAAUCUGGCUCAGAUUGCCGUCUAUAAGUGCGAGCGUCAUGUCAAGGCCACGUGCUGGUUCGGACACCCCGUGUGCUAUGACUGCGGAUGUCGGCCCAUCGAUGAUCUUCGGGCUCAGUUAACCCAUCAAGGGCCGGGCUGCAACUAUAAUAAAGAACAGAUCUCAAACACAAUAUAA